AUGACGGAUAGUAACUCACGUCUUGAUAUUCCAUAUCCAGAAAAGGGUGACAAAUGGGCACCUAACCGUGCACAAACAAUAUCAAAAAUCCUUAAUGCUGAAAAGCAAUACGUUCAACACUUAUACCAUUUCAUUUUCGAAAUCCGUGUUGCUCUCGCAGAAGCAAGUGAAAGCAAAAAGAUCAAUAUUUUCCCUGAUGAAAUAGAAAAUCUUUUCAGAAGAAUCGCACCAAUCUACAAACUCAAUCUCAACUUUUUGACUUUACUUGAGUCAUCUAUUGCUUCUGACAUCUCUCAGAGCAAGAUUGGUGAUUGCUUUAAUAGCACAGUAACAUUAUUCAAGGCUUACGUUGAGUAUGCUAAUGAUUAUGGACCAGGUAUUACAGCCUUGAGAGCUCAAUUUGAUUCAGAUCCCAAUUUAGCUCCAACAAUCAAAGACUUCGAGUCUAAUAUCGGCCUUACAAUUCUUGAGCUUCUCAGGCUUCCUGUUGAAAGAAUUCCAAGAUAUAGAUUACAACUUUUGAAUUUACUUAAAGUUACACCGCGUGAACAUCCCGACAGAUCAGGUGCAGUCGCUGCCUACAUUCAGAUUACCCCAAUGUGUGAUCCAUUCAUUCAAUUAUUGAUUCAGAAAGGUAAAGAAGAUCUCGAACCACUUGAUUCUCAGUUCCAUGAUAUUAGAAUACUCGGAAAACCACACUAUUUGAUGUUCCAUGACACACUUAAGUGUUUUACUGAUAAAGGCGUUGUAGAUAUAAAGAUUUGGCUGUUUUCAGACUCAGUUCUUGUUGGAUACCAAACAAAGCCAAUACUUACGCCAGUACUUUAUCCAAUUACAAAUAUUUCUUCAACUCCUGUUGAUCUUCCAUCUCCUUACGAUCAUGGCGUUGAUUUCAUGACAUCAAUCGACUCCUACAGAAUUGUCUUCCCCAACAUGAAGAGACAAGAGUAUUUCUGUGAGGUUUGCGAGAAUUUGGUCAUUGAUCUUAAUAUUGGUGAAAAUCCACCUCUUCUUGCACCAGUUAGAACACCAUCAAAUGAUGUCAAGGACUGCAUGCUGUGCGGAAAAGCCUUCAACUUGGCUCUUAAACCAAUUGAAUGCGGAUUUUGCAGAAAAUGGUUCUGCAAGAAGUGUGUUUCCGUUCAUGAAAUCAAUAAUCAUAAGUUCAAUGUCUGCAAAGAAUGCCUUUCUAAGGAAUCUGGAAAGCCUCGACCACAUAUGCUUAUUGAUUAUAACUAUUGCCAUGUUUUCAGAACGGAAAUAUAA